UACACUUUGAACUCCACGGGACGGGCUGAAAAGUGCGCAUCUUGCUUUCCAUAUCCGCUUUAAUCGACAUCUGAAGUCUUGAGUGUUUAUCCGAAUCCUGGACACAAUCAACACUUUUGGAUGGAGAGGAAUUUGAAGCAGAAAUGGACAAUUUAAAUAAGAGUCUGGGGAAGGUUUCAAUAGGAGUGCUGUCUAAGCCUUCUAGUUUCACCUUUGUGCCAGUGGUGCGGAAAUUACCAAUUGAAAGCAUUAUUACUGAGAAGGACAGAUCUGGAGCUCUGACAGGAAAACCAAAGAAGAACGUAGCUGUGCUCCAUGAGGAGAUAGCCGAGGAGACCAUGUCGGACAGGGAGAUUUUCAAAGCAGAGAAAGUCAUUAUCAAAGACUCUGUGGAGGGAGAAGCAGGAAACGUAAUCCAACCAGAGACACAACAUCAAUUGAAGUCUUCUUCUGAUCACGUGAGCCUCUCUCAAACCCAAGCCUCUCCUUCAGUCAGUGCUCAGUCUGAAAAUAUGCCCAACCACGUAGCUGCCGGGAAAACCUCUAUGGAAACAGCUGUUGAUAAACACAGGGGCAUUUCCCAGCGACAGUGUCAUGGUACCUCUGGACUUGGUGAGGUUAGCUCGGGUUUCUUUACAAAUAGGGCGUCUGUAUCAGAAGACAGAAAGAGCUCCACAAGCUCCACAGAUCUGUUCCCCACCCCAGCUUCAUCCAGAGAGUCCAUUCUCUCAGACGGCUCAGACAAAGAGAAGUACUGGUCAGCUGUGCAGCUCUCCUCUGUGACCUCUCCUGCCUCUUUCAGCCGCACUGUUUCUCCCUGCUCAUCUGUCCUCUCUGGCAUCUUCUCCCCUACUGUCGUCCAGAUAAAGAGGCAUAUUCUCGCUCCUGGCUCUAGUCUGGUUCAGACCCCUCAAGCCUGUUUCUCAUCAUGCGAGAGCCUGUCCUCCUCUGUCUGUCCCCAGUCCCCCCCUCCCCGGCACCGGCCUCCCCUCACCCGACUGUCUCUCCUCACUGCUAUCCUCAGAAAAGGCCGUCUUCCUGUUCUUUCCUCUGCGCUGCAGAGGCCUUACACCCCCUGCUGGCCUGUCAACCCCGUGACCCUGUCCUUCUGUAACGCGUGCUCAGCAGCCUCCAGCGUUGCCUCCAUUCCCCUGGAGUUUUCCUCUCGGUUCUCCUCAUCAGCGUCUAUAGGUAGUCAGCGCCACGUUCACAGGGAGCCUAAUAGAUGCAUCACUGCUCCACCACCUAUUCAGUCAAAUGAGCUCAGCGGAGCAUGCACUCAAACUCAAACUCAAGAGAAAAGAUGCUCAGAGCAAAUUUGUUCGAGCAGUGCGCCUAGAUGGGAGCAGGUUAUUUCACCACCACCUGGGAGGAGCAGCACACUACCCCGAGCACCACUGCCUCUGUUUUGCUCAAACUUCAAAUCUGUUUCUCCACUAAAGCAUCAAGAAAUAGACUAUGGGACUUCCAAAAAACUGCAACGCACACACCCCUCCAUUUCUAAGCCCCCUGAGCUGAAGCCCAGCAACACUCACAUGUACCUCAAGAGCCACGAGGAUAAUAAACUCAUCUCCCCGUCCCCUAAACUUAUUAAUGAGCAAGAGACCUCUGCGCCCCAGAAUUUGAGUCGCCUGCCAAAUUCAUCCCUCUCAAGGCUUCACUGGCUUUCUCAACAGCUGAGAUCUGCGCCUGUCAGCCCUCCUCGGCUUCAGCCUUCUCAGUCACGCUCACCCGGUGUCACACACGCACACAUCGCAUCACCUCUCCCUCCUUUACAAAACAGCACGGGAAGAUGUGAGUCAGAGAGUAGUUGCCCUGAUUCCCAAAGUGCCACAUCAUCUGAAGGUUAUCACAGAGCUUACUGCCUGUCUCCUUCCCGCUACACACACAUGGUUUCCCCCGGGUGGCCGUCACCCACCAGCUCCCCCACGCCUACGCCCUCUCCUGCUCCACCAAUCAGAGACCUCACCCCUUCCCCUUCUCGCUCCCUGUGCUCCACGCCCUCCCCAAGGCCGGGGAGUGGAAUAUCAGACUGCAGCGACAGGGAGGGUAAAAAAAGAAAGACACACAAGAUUAAGUUAAGCUACAAAUCGCUUGCUGCAAUUCCCACAAACACCCUUCUGUUGGAUCAGCAGACCAUAGAUGAGCAGGUAGAGAGAGACGAGAAUCCGUGUGACAGGUUGGACAGAGAUGUUGACACCCACACUGAGAUGUGCUCACCGGCUCAGCUGCGGCAACAGUCAGAGGAACUUUAUGCAGUUAUUGAUGAGCUAUUGGCAAAUUCUAUUCCAGCAUGCAAAACAUCACGGUCGCUGCAGCCCUCCAGGUCAUCGACUCCCAACGAUGGUGCGCAGCAAAACAACUCAUCACUUCCAAAAUCCUUGGGGCGUGAAACCAAAUAUGCAUCUUUAAGCAGCUUGCACCCAUCUACUGGCAUGAAAAGAAACCUUAUCAGCCCCAAAAAGACGAAGCCUGGGGUUAUUCGCCCAAUGACGGCCAUUCCAAGACUGACAGUGGAGGAGGACAAAUUUCAUCCAAACCCCUUCAGGCUGUUUGCUGUCAAGCAGACCUUAACUGACAACAAAAAGGUGGAAAAUAUGAGUCUUGAAGAUGCAGGAAAAGAUCUUCACACAAGCUCUAAAGGUCAAACGUUGAAAGAGGAGAGGAAGCCUGAAAGAAGAACUCCAUUCUCGAUGUGUGACCUGCACAUUAUAGAGCCUGAAGACCAGAUCAGUCACCCUGUGAAAGAUGCUUCCACAUCUUUCAAUCCAGCGGAGAGGUGGAUGAAAGCUUUGCAGACUCAUAUUUAAAGCAUCAACACUAAAGAAUGAACCCUUUUUUCAAUUGAGAUUUAAUUAGUAUUGAAGACCAUUACAUAGUUAAAAGAGGAAUGACAAGUUAAUUGUACCAUAUCUGGAUUAAUGAAUGAGUGCAGAUUAGGGUUGGAUGAUGUUUAUGAAAUUUCCAUCGGACGAUGUCUACAAAAUUUCGGGAUGGACAAUGUCAUCGGGUGCGGGGGCAGUCGUCUUAUGUCCAUUGGUUUUCGCAUAGACUUCACUCGGUUAAAAAAAUUGGCAGACUAUUAACUUAUGUUACAAGUCGCGGUGGAUAUUUUACGCCCGGACCAGGUAAAGCAGCAGUGAACACACAGGGUGCAGAUGUUGGUUUCAGUUGUUUCAUCUGCGUCAUUAAUAAGCCGACGUGCGGCUCACCUGCUUAGCAUGAUAAGGGACAGCGGGUGGAUAUUUACGGAAAAAGACGAGUUCUCAGUCUUUUAGGUGACUUUAUAAAACAUAGCCUACUACUGGUUUUAAAAUCACAUGCCGGUGUUCUGACGAUCUAUGCUACCGUAGCGCAAAUCGACAGCAGAGUCUAUCGAGUCGCUCUGCCCUAUCGAAAAAUGCUACCUUAUGUGUUCCCUUUUCCAAUCCCAUAACGUUAUAACUCUCACAGUAUUAUGACAUAUUCUGUUUUUUGAUUAUAUUAUAACAUCAUUU